GAGUGUUCAAGAGAGAAAAAGUGGGAUAUUCCCGUACUUCCAGGGACCAGCGAGGAACCUACCCGUUUUAGAGACUUCGUUUUACAAAACUGGGGGUGGAUGUGUGUCUGUUUUGGAUAACUUAAUCCGGAAUAAAUGCACUCAUCAAAGCAGGUCAGGUUUGUCUUGUUCGGUAAAAACCUGGAAAAGAGAAACGGAGAAGUGUUCGUUUUACUUUGGCAAAAAAAAUCAAUGCCACCACUUCGAAGUAUUAUUUAGCAGAGGCAGAAAGAUGGGAGAUGCUUCUGAUGUUUGGGUGGGAAGCGCCUACCUGUUUGUGCAGUCAACAUCGGAAAAGGUCCUUCUUCCUGUGAUGUAUGGAGACCCAAAGCAGAAGCCCUGCGUGUUCAAAGCUCUCAAGUUGGCACUAGCGGAUUCAACGGGUAGCCUCAAUGGGGUAGACGUGCUGAAGGUCCAUUGCAGCGACCCUCACCUGAUAAUCCAGCUCAAAUUCUGCAAGGAAGAUAACUGCCGGAGAUUCCUGCAAAGCUAUCGCGAGGGACACCUCCAAGACUCCCUCCAGAAUCACCUCAAACUUUCCUUGUCCAUGUCCACCUUAGUCCCUGUCCAGAUGGAGCUGAAAACUGGCUCUGAGAAGCUGGACGCCAUGAUCCGGGAGGAGGAGAGGUGCCUUGAGUGCAUCUACCAUGAAAAGCCUAACCGUCUCAGGGAUGAAGAGAUCACGGAGCUGGAGGAAUCUCUCAGGAACUGUUCCUUUCUGGACAACAAUGACAACAAGGGUCCUUCUUUGAAUUCUUCACCUACAUCUUUGAGUUCUUCACCUCCAUCUUUGAAUUCUUUGCCUCCAUCUUACAGUUCUGUGGAGAUCUCAGGGUCUCUGCCAAAGGGAGACACCUUCACUUUCCAGGGCCGGCAGUUCGCCAACAGAAAAAUCUCUCCAGACGACCACCAGACGUUUGCCAAACUCGUGUCCAAGAAGUGGAAGCAGGUGGGCCGGUCUCUGCAGGUCAACUGCCGGGCCCUUCGGGAUCCUGUCAUCGACAACUUGGCCAUAGAGUACGACCGGGAGGGCCUCUAUGAGCAAGCCUACCAGCUUCUCCGCAGGUUCAUUGAUUCAGAAGGCAAGAGAGCCACCAUACAAAGACUGGUUGCCGCCCUGGAGGAGAAUGGCCUCAUCAGCUUGGCUGAGGAGCUUCUGUGUCUCCACCAGAAUGACAAAACGUUGUAAGAGGACAUGAGGGGGGGGCAGUCCUCACUUGAGACUACGAGCUGCAGGGCCAGUGACGCUGCACACUCAUGUGCCUUUCUACACCUCUUGACCACACUGUAGACAUUUGAUGCCAGACCAGCUGUGGCCCUUGCCACUGGCAGAACCUGCCUCAAUAAUAACCAGCACAGGACUGAGGCUGAAAGUCAGUGUACUACUUCAGUGCUGAAAUAUGGAUGGUCUUGGGAAACAUCUUUCAUCUUACAGUAGCAUCUGGACAAAGGCCUCAGCGGUUUCAGAAUAUCUCAGCAAUGCGUGCUGGUCGGUGACCGUAAUAAAGAUUUAUCUAUAUCUAUCUCAGCAAUGCAAUAGCAGGAAAAGGAAAAGAUGCGUGACUUUCAGGAACGGUCUAAAUAACUAGCUAGGCUGUGCUUGAAUAAAGGUAGUUCUCAGCACUUAACUGACUGUAGCAUCAAAUAAUGAUGUUAUAUGGAAAUGUGCAUACAAAAGCGAGCUAUCCUCAGAUUAAUGAUCUAACUAGGACAGUCAUAUUGUCCAAAGUCAACUUUAAAAAGUGGUACUUUCCAAUGCAGCCAGUUCACACAAUGGGUUGCAAAUCAUUGGCAUAACUUAAUCUAGCAUGCAGUUGAAUGUGUGAACUGACUCUCAUUGGAAACAGGGGCUAGGAAAAGGGUUUUUUGGGUGGCAAGGGGUAUUCGAUCUGCAAUGACCUAUUUAUUCCUACAAGCUCCACUUGAUGCUGCAGUCAGCAGAGUUGAAACUGCAUGUGUGAACCAGCGCUAGGCAACAUUUCCUUAACAGACUGCACCAGCAUUUUACACUUCUUAUGGAGUCAUUCUUGAGUGUCAUACCAAUUGUGCUGCUGCAAUGCUUACUUACAGGAGCAUGUUGUCUGCAGUUCCUUGCACAGAGGAUCCACCUCAGUGACGUUAUUGUAUCCCAGAUUCUCUUCCAGGAAGGAACAGUAGGCUCUCUCUUGCCUCAUCGUUUGCUUUCAGUCUUACGGCUGUGUCUGCUUUAGCACCAUCCCCCCCCCCCCCGAAAAGGAGGCAUGUCUGGGUUGGUAGCUGUCCAUGGUUCAUGAUGACAGCUAUCUCCCUUGGAUCCUCUGCACAUUUAUAGAUGCCUGUUUCACACAUGUUAAACCGCUGUUUAUCAACCAAUAGUUUAUUAAAUCAUGGCAUAGCAUUAUGUAUAAAUCCUGCCAUACAGCUUAACUAUGGUUUGUUCACUGCCAACAAACCACAGUCUGAAGCCAUGGUUUAUUGUUGGCUUAUGAACCUUGGUUUGUUUUAACUAUGGCUUAGUCUUGUGUGUGAACCUAGCACCCUUGCUUAACUAUGGUAUGUUUGAACACCCCAUCACAGACACUUAGUAAGCUACAAAUGCACGAGGCAAGAGCAGCUGGGAAAGAAACCAAGCUUUUGAAAAACAAGCCAUGGUGACUGUCUGUGGGAUAACUUGUGGUUAACUCUUGGUUUGUUAAAGAACCAAGCACGGUUUAAACAAAACAUUAUGUGUAAACCAGUCCGAUAAUUGCUUAGAGCAGGCAUCCCCAAACUUCGCCCCUCCAGAUGUUUUGGACUACAGUUCCUUCCCUGACCACUGGUCCUGUUAGCCAGGGAUCAUGGGAGUUGUAGGCCAAAACAUCUGGAGGGCCGCAGUUUGGGGAUGCCUGGCUUAGAGCAAGGGAAGGGAACCUUAGAUCUGGCGGCCCACUUUUCAUGUACUAUCUUGCUAGCCACAAGGGAAAGUGUCAUUGUUUGUGUGGGCAUCAUUGUCAAAAAAUGGACAAUGUAUGAGAUUCACAAAUACCUGUAGCCACACAAAGGGAGCUGUUCCAGGAGCAGAUACCAGGGCUAUAUAUCAGAGGAUGCACAAAGCAACCUUGCUGGUGCUAAGAAUGUCUGGGUCUAGUCAUUCGACAUUCCAUUCUGUUUUCAGCACAAUCUGGUAUAGCAUACAAAUGAAGGAAUGGUUAGUGCCCUGAAUCUGUGAAUCAGAACAUGGGAAGAUAUAUUGUACUGAGUCAGAACCUUAGUCCAUUUAGAUCAGGAUUGUCUCCAUCAGUUGGCAGUUCUCCAGAGUUUCAGACAGAAGUCUUUCCCAGCCACCUCUGGCAAUGCCAGGGACCUUUCCCCUUGCUACUGCCCUUCUCUACGGGUAUAAACAUCAUUUUAAAAACCUAUCAUCAACAAAGACAAGUGGUGCAUAUCAUUUGGGCGUAAAGGCAAUUACGGUAACUAAAGGGAGAGCAUCAUUCUGUAGAGUCAGCUUGGCUUCAUUAAAGAUACAAUACCUCUAGACCAUAGGUAUUGUGGUAAUGUGUUUCCAAAACUGUCUGAGGGCCUGGCAGUACAAGGGUCCCUCCUGCCUUGCCCAGUUACAAAUGUUAUAAAGAGAAUGCAUGCGUUUACGAAGGUAUUGACUGACUGUGUCCUGAACCACUCAAUUCUGCUGCAUUAAUUUCUCUGGAAGAUAGUCUGCACUAUUGAAAAUCUAAUGCAUGAUGGGAAAUGGUACAAUUUAAAAACCCAUAAAAUUGCCCGACGAAAAGUGAUAUCCCCCAAGCAAUGGGAGCAGAGUUAGAGUUUUUCCAUGAUGGAAGUUCUCAAGGCAGCCUACACGGGAUUUCCCCAGUGUAUGUGUCUCCCUCAUCCAGCCAAUCAUCUUUAGCUUCAGCAAAAUUGCUUCACCAUGUGGAAGAGUAACCGCAACUCAGGGGAAGAUAUUGAUAAAUUAGAACACAAUUGGUACAGGCUGAUAUUUUUGCAAAGUGAAUUUUUACCACUUUUGUAUUGCCUUGUUUUCUGCCCUGUAGGUUUUCUACACAAUAUUCUCUUCUGAUAGACACUGAUUUUUAAUACCAUGAUUUGUAUCUUUUGAGAAUCCUGCUUUUAUAUCGCAGCACUUUUCUCAAUGUAUGUCUUGACAAUCUUCGAAUUGUGUCUCUCCCCACCUUGUAGUGGCUUUCAUUUUUAAACACAUGGAAGAUAAGGCAAAAAUCAAAUAAACAUGCUGCUCAAUGUUUAAAAGGGAAUGCACUCGUGGAGAUACCUCUCGGGAAUUUGUUGGAAUCCAAAAGAGAGUUUCAUGUUUUUAAAUAGUUUUAGCAGCACUUGAAAGUUUGGAGCAGUGUCAAGCUGACCGUGGGAAGACGACUUUGGUCUAAGCUGAGCAAAAGGAUUUACUGACAUGGGUGUGUGGGUGUGGAGAGAGACCACCAGGGACUGCUGGUCCUGUUCACAUUGUUCGCCAACAUCUAGAUUAAGACAAUUGUAGCAAAACGUAACAAGGCAGUACAGAAGGCAGUUUAAAACUGGCACUGAUGGUCAGAGAACGCGAGGGCAAAAAAGGUAUGUAUGGUAAGUUUUUCAUAGGUGGUGGAAAUACACCAUUAUUUGGGACCUACCCUAGUCGUCCAUAAGACUACAGUACAUGCUUUGAGUACUGCCCUAGUACUAAGGUAAAGGUAAAGGGACGCCUGACUAUUAGAUCCAGUCAUGACUGACUCUGGGGUUGUGUCGCUCAUCUCGCGGUAUUGGCUGAGGGAGCCGGCGUACAGCUUCCAGGUCAUGUGGCCAGCAUGACAAAGCCGCUUCUGGUGAACCAGAGCAGCACAUGGAAACGCUGUUUACCUUCCCGUUUGGAGCGGUACCUAUUUAUCUACUUGCACUUUGACAUGCUUUCAAACUUCUAGGUUGGCAGGAGCUAGGACCGAGCAAUGGGAGCUCACCCCGUCACGGGGAUUCGAACCGCCGACCUUCUGAUCAGCAAGCCC